AUGUCGGCGUCCGGGAGGCUUAGUUCUGGAGUGGAGACAAGCUCGGAACAGCCAGACAGACACAGACACAAAGACGGACAGGCAAAGGCGGAGAGGCAGCUGCGCCUAGCGCGGGCCCAGGGUCUCUUGGGCGGCGCCUAUGACUCGGGGAGAAACCGAAAGUGUCAGCGGCCGCCUAAGCCCCGCCCCCAGCCCGGGCGGGGCGUCUGCGCAGAAAACAGUCGCUUCUCCUCCCCCGGGGCCGCGGACCUUGGACCUUGUGCGCCUUGCUCGCCGUGGUCCCGCCCCUUCCGCUCCGACUGCAGAGGCGUGGAGACCUGGGCUGCCGGAGGGGACUGCGGCCCAAUCCCCACGCCGCGACCCUACCCUUCUCGGCGGGCGGCUGUGCUGCCUCCCACCGCGUGGCUGCUCCGGACUCGGCGAUCCUCCUCCCAAGGGCGGGUCGGGCGGGCGUCGCUGACGCAGCGGAGCACCAUUCACCCUCACUCAUUGGCUUCCAGAGUUGGCUCGACAUUCUCCUUCUACCUCAGGGCCACCUCGCUGUGUUCUCUCCCUGUCGCAGCGUUGACCCACACAGGCACCUCUCAGUUCAGGCGCACCAUUACGCGCGCACGUGACAGGCUGCCAAAGGUGUUUUGCGGUAUGUAUGACUCUACACCAGGAGCAUGGAGUGCCCAUGGAGUUCAGUAGAAAGUGUUGGAUCUCCUGAAACUGGACUUACAGACAGUUGUGAGCUGCCAUGUAUGUGCUGGGAAUCAAGCCCAGUUCUUAACCACUGGGCCAUCUCUCCAGCCCCUGGAAUUUGAAUUUCUUGGUUUUAGAAGAAUUUAACUUUGGGAGGUGAUGGAGGAUAGUGUGAGCCGCAGCUCACCCAGUUUAACUUACAACCAUAUAUGCAGAACAAGUUCCUUUCUUUUACUUGAGACAGGGUCUCAUUAUGUUGCUCUGGCUGUCCUAGAAUUCUCUGUGUAGACCAGGUUGACCUCCAAUUCACAGAGAAAUGCCUGUCUUUGCCUCCUGAGUACUGGGAUUUAAGGCACUCACCAUUAUGCCCAGCUAUGUAGUUCAUUCCACUAAUAAAAAACCUGAGUACAACCUGGCAUAAGGUACAUGCCAUUAAUCCCAGCACUCAGGAGGCAGAGACCAGGAAACCUAUCCCUGACACAAUGCUCAGGAACUCAGCUAUAACCCAGCCCUUGGCUUCUAUUUUGUUUUCCUAUCCUGGUUUAUCAUAUUGACCUACAUAGUUUAAGGCAUUCCCUACCCAAUCCUGUUUUAGUAAUAUAAAGUCUAUACUAUGAACCACUUGACAACCUCUCUGUGGAUUUAAAAAAGAAUAUUUAUUUUUCUGUGCAUUGGUGUUUUGCCUGUGUAAGGGUGUCCAGUACCCUAGAACUGUAGCCACAGACAGCUGCCAUGUGUGUGCUGGGAAUUGAACCUGGGUCUUCUGGAAGAGUAGUCAGUGUUCUUAUUCCCUGAGCUGUGUCUCCAGCAUUGGUUGCUGUGGUUUUAAGCCUGGUGAACUAAACCCUUGAGUUUCCUACCUUUGCCUUGUGCUCUCAUCAAAUUAUGAAGUCCAGUCCUGUUAUGAGACGCUAACAUAUAUAGGCAAUGCUGUGGGCCCCCAAAGAAGUUCAGCCCACAGACCCGUCUCUUGCUCCCACUCCUAGGUUCCAAAUGUAUGCCCUGGAUGCCUGUGCUCUUCUGUGGUGGCUCCUAGAAUUCUCUCACAAUGCAUAUUUUUGCUUGGUGUGACCCUUCAAAUUUUUGGCAAGCUAGGCCUGUUGCUCAGGCUUCUCUUCAUAGCACUUGGGAGAUGGUGGCAGGAAGAUAAGAGUUCAAGGUCAUCCAUGGAUACACAGCAGUUUUGAGGCCAGCCUUGGCUACAUGAGCUCAUCUCAAACAAACAAUUGUGAUUUCAAUGAGAAUGGCUUCCAUAGGCUCAUAUAUUUUAACACUUGCUCCCCAGCUGGUAGAACUGUGCAGGAAGAAUUAGUAGGUAUGGCCUAAGUGGAAGUGGCAUUUCAUUGGAGGCAGGUUUUGAGGUUUCAAAAAGCCUACACCAUUCCGUUAACUAUCUGCCUGAUGCUUACUGAUAGAGAUGUGAGCUCUCAGCUACUGGUCAUGGACUCACCUUCUGAAACCAUAAGCCCCAAAUAAACUCUUGUUUAAAUUGC